UUCUAAUAUGUUCCUUAAUCCUUAACUCAUAGAAGAUGCUUAGGAAUCUGCCAACCAAAAUCCUUAAUCUAAUUAAAGAUAAUAACCGAAAGGUCGAUCUAAUGUCACUAAGUUUUAAGCGAAAACAAAAGAAGAGCCCAAAUAAGAAAGUAAGCCCUUGAGUAGAAUUUAAUAAGUAAUUAUCGAUUUAAGAGUUACAGAAAGAGAUAGAAAUACAAAAGAAAUAUGGAGAAUAUGAAAUCAAAUAGAAUGAUGAAAUGGUGGAAAGUUUAGUUUAAUUUAAUUCAGAUCCAGAAUUGGAAGACACAAUAAAAUAUACAAAUCCGUUAGUAGAUACUCAAAAUAAAUAGGAGGAACAAAAGGUAUAAAGCUAUCAAUUUAUUUAUAGCCUCAAUAAUAUACGAAACCUCUGCCUACAUUAGAAUUUUAAGAGCUAAGUGUAUUAUAGAACAAUAAACAAUACAAAAAAAAACUUGGUCAAAACGAGUCUACCUAUGAUCAAGAUUUCGAAUUAGAAAUUGAGAAAGUAAGCAUCAAUGUAUAUUUAAGUUCGCUAUUAUUGGAAAUAAUCAUAACCAAUAUUAUGAGCCUGGACAAUAAUUAAGCCAAGAUGAUUCUUUACCUCAACUCUCAAAGCAAAAUCAUACAAUUCAAUUUGUGUAAAGUGAAGAUUAGGAAACCAAACCAAAAGAAAAUAUUGCUAAAGAUGAUGAGAUGAUAAUUUAAAAAUAGACAAAUUAAGAAGAGGAGAAUAUAAUAUAAAAUAAUAAUAAUUAUCAGGAGUUCUCAGAAAUUAUACUUCUAGAUUAAGAUGAGAAUGUGGAUGAUUCUGGAUUGUUGUCUCAGUAUUAAUAAGAUAAAAGGAAAGAAUUGAAAUAGCAGAAUGAUAAAGUUUAAAUGGAUCUCACUAAUGAUACAUCUGAAAUUAUAGAAUAAUAACAGAAUAUGCAAUAAUUCCAAUAAGUAAUUUAGGAAUAACCGAAAUAAACUUGUCCAUAUCCAAAGCCUCUCCCAUCCAUUGAGUUUCCCCACGGUAAGAAGCAUUUUCUUUUAAAUCCUGCUCCCAAAGGAGGGAUGAUCCAAUGUACAAUCAAGAGAGAUAGAAGUGGAAUGAACAGAUUUUACCCAAAAUAUCAUCUUCAUAUAUCAAAUGGGUUUUUGUAUUUGAUGAGUGCAAAAAAGAGAGCUUGUAAUAAUACAAGCAAUUAUAUCAUCUCUAUGUCAAGAGAGGACUUGGAUAAGGGAAAUAAUUUCAUUGGCAAAGUAAGAAGUAAUUUCAUGGGAACCGAAUUUGUAUUAUAUGAUGCAGGGUUGAAUCCUGAUAAAACAAAAGAUCAAUCUAAACUUCGAUAACAACUUGGCAUCGUUUAAUAUGAAAGCAAUAUUCUAGGAUCCAAAGGACCAAGAAAAAUGGUGGUAUCUAAUUCUUCUUAUUAAGGUUUUAUUGCCAAAUUUGGAUGCCGAAGAUUAACUUUAUGUUUUCAAACCAACUAAUUCUAAGGAUGGAAUACUGAAGGAAUUUUAAAAUAACAACAGAAAUCAUAUCGUUACAUAUGUCAAUCGGCCUCCUUAAUGGAAUAGCAAACAUAAGGCUUUUGUUCUUAAUUUCUACUAAAGAGUAGAUAAACCAAGUGUCAAAAAUUUUCAACUCAUUGUAGAUAAUAAGGAGGACAAUAUUUUGCUGUAAUUUGGGAGAGUUGGAGAUGAUCUUUUUAAUUUAGAUUUCUAAUAUCCUAUUACUCCUUUACAGGCAUUUUAAAUUGCAUUAACCAGUUUUGACUACAAAAUUGCAUGUGAAUGA